AUGGCUGAAAUUCAUGGCCCGGGAGGUCCCCCACCUCAUAUUCCUGACGACCUCACUGUUGCGCAGUUCAUGCUUGAUGUGGAUCAUGAAUCGAGACCAGUUCGACCCGAAGCGCAGGCAAAUCCAUGGAUGAUAGAGGACGCGACAGGGAGAGCGAUACGGUUUGCAGAGGUCCGUGAAAGAACGCACGGCAUGGCGAACGCGCUGUAUUCGCGGUGGAAGCUUGUUUGUAUAUACAGCCCAAAUCAUGUCGACUAUGCCAUUGCGGUCUGGGCGGUGCACAGACUAGGUGCCAUCAUUACGGCAGCAAACCCCGCCUACUUGGUCGGCGAGCUCGAAUACCAAAUGUCGAUAACCAAGGCCAAGCUGCUCAUUAUUCACCCCUGGAGUCUCGCCGUCGGCCUUGAGGCUGCACGCGCCGCGGGGCUUCCGGCCGAUCGCAUAGUCCUCUUCGACGCGCUGUACGACGCAGCGCCGACCCUUGGUUCGUACCCUACAAUUAGCCAGCUCGUCGCAGAGGGCCUCGCGAAGCCAACGUGCUUCUAUGAGCGGCGGCUGCGCCCGGGCGAGGGCAAGACGAAGCUCGCGUUCCUGAGCUUUUCGAGCGGGACGACGGGGAAGCCGAAGGCCGUCUGCAUCCCGCAUUAUGGGCCCAUUGCGAACGUGGUGCAAAUGACCCACCUAGCGAACCUCCAGACGCUACCUUGGGAUGAGCGGAAGUGGCGGCCAGGCGACGUCUGUUUAGGAGUCUUACCAUUCUUCCACAUUUAUGGGCUCGUCGUUAUCAUGCAUUUCCAGAUGUUCUGUGGAACGACAUUAGUUGUCAUCCCAAAGUUCAACUUUGUAGACAUUCUCAAGAGCAUAGAGCGCUAUCACAUAAACCAACUACCUGUCGUACCACCAAUGGUAGUCUUGCUGUGUAAGCACCCAGCUGUGAAACAGCACGACCUUAGCUCCGUUCGCGCGGUCAUGAGCGGCGCCGCACCCCUUUCCGCGGAACUAAUCCAUCAGCUGUCCCAAGUCCUGCCCAAAAUUCAUAUCGGACAGGGGUACGGUACGCGCAUGACGGAGACGUGCACGACAGUCUCGUUCCCGCAAAUCGAGCAGAGGAUUUGCACGCCGGGUAGUGCUGGGCGCCUCGUCCCCGGUAUUGUCGCGCGCGUGGUUAAGCCUGACGGCUCACUCGCCGGGCUCAACGAGCCCGGGCAGCUUGUUGUGAAAGGGCCUGCGAUGGCGCUGCGUUACAUGAACAACGAUGAUGCUACGCGGGAAACGUUUGUCGAUGGGUGGGUUUACACGGGGGACGAAGUGACCAUCAACGAAUCGGCGGAGCUGUUCGAGCUACUCAAGGUCCGAGGCUUCCAAGUUGCGCCCGCGGAGCUGGAGGGGCACCUUCUGGAUCACCCGGACGUGUCUGACGUAUGCGUCGUUGGCGUGCCGGAUGACUACAGCGGGGAACUGCCGCUUGCGUUUGUCGUGCCGAGCGCGCCGGCGCUCGAGCGCAUGAAGAAGGAUUCCGCCGAGGCGGGGAGGGUGAAGGCGUCCAUCAAGAAGCACGUCACCGAUGUGAAGGUGCAUUAUAAGCGGCUGGCGGGUGGCGUUGAGUUCAUCGAUGUUAUCCCGAAGAACCCGAGCGGGAAGCUGCUACGACGUGUACUGCGCGACCGUGCAAAGGAGAUGAAGGCGCAAGGCCUCCUGACGGACGCAGAUAAGGCUAAGCUCUAG